AUGUAUAUUUGCAUAAAUUGUGGAGCUGAAUGCAAAGAGCUUUUUAGGAGAUAUUGCCCUAGUGUUCUUAAAAUCUUAAAAUGUGAGAAAUGUGGAUUGUUAGCUGACAAAUAUAUUGAAUAUGAUCCUGUUAUAGUCUUUGUAGAUCUUAUUCUAAUAGAAAAACCAGCUUACAGACAUCUUUUGUACAAUAGCAAUUUUAAAUCAUAUUGGAAGAUAAGUAUAAUAUUAUGGCUAGCUGAAUCGUUCAGGGCUUGGUCUUUGUGUGACAUAAACGAAACAGAAUUAACUGCGUCAAAAGUAGAUUUAAUUCAAAAUAAUGGAUUACAAGAUUAUUGCAAUAUUUACAAUUUGCUGUUGCACACAGCAUUAGCAUUUGCAGCAUUCAUUUGUACGAUUAUUGUAGUGACUGAACUAAAAUGGUUUAUCAUUGGCAAAAAACCAUAUAAAUACAGCGUAAAAGAUUUAAGUUGCGCUCUAAUAGUCGGAGGUUGUGGUAAAUUAUUGGGAUUACUUGGAAUAGUGUGGCAGCACAUAGCUUCGGGUCCAUAUUACCUUCUUAUUCAAGGUUACACCGUUUUAUGUCUUUUAACUGCAUAUUCAGUUAUCUGCAAGAGUGGAAGGGGAGAAUCUUUGAUUGGAUUAAUUGCUGGAUUUUUACUGUAUGGUUACAUAUGUAUCUAAAUUGCACCUAA